CGUGGGGUAUCUGAAAUAGAUAAGUUUAUGUAAAUGUUUUUUUUAUAAAUUGCGGUGAUAAGCAUUAUCAUUAUUCUAUCAGUUCGUCAGUGCCUUUUCUUUGAGAAUAUUUACAAUAGUUGUUAAAAGAAUAAAUCAUGUUUUUUCUCAAAGGAAGUAGAAUAAUUACCAUCAAAAUGCGCCCAACAAAUAAGCUUUUUAAAGCGAUGGCAGCGUAUUCAUCUAAAGUUUCCCUGAACGAUGUGGUGAUCGCGUCGGCGGUGAGGACUCCCAUGGGCUCCUUCAGGGGUAGCUUGGCAAGUCUCUCAGCUUCGGAACUUGGCGCGGUUGCAGUCAAAGCAGCAGUGGAACGAGCUGGUGUUCCUAAGGAAGAAAUUAAAGAGGUUUAUAUGGGUAAUGUCUGCUCAGCUAGUAUGGGUCAGGCUCCUGCAAGGCAAGCGGUAAUCUUUGCUGGUCUUCCUAAAAGUACUAUUUGCACAACAGUAAACAAAGUAUGUGCAUCUGGCAUGAAAUCCAUCAUGUUGGCCACACAGGGCUUACAAAUUGGUUCUCAAGAUGUAAUACUAGCUGGAGGAAUGGAAUCUAUGUCAAAUGUACCUUACUAUCUGAAGAGAGGCGAAACCCCAUAUGGAGGCAUACAAUUAAUUGAUGGUAUUGUUUUUGAUGGUCUGACUGAUGUAUAUAACAAAUUCCAUAUGGGUAACUGCGCUGAAAACACAGCAAAGAAACUUAAUAUCAGUAGGCAACAGCAGGAUGACUAUGCCAUUUCAAGUUAUAAGAGAAGUGCUGCAGCAUACGAAGCCAAAGCUUUUGCUGAUGAACUUGUGUCAGUCCCUGUGCCUCAGAAAAGAGGUGCCCCUCCAGUACUGUUCGCAGAAGAUGAGGAGUACAAAAAGAUUAACUUUGAAAAGUUCACUAAGUUGUCUACAGUAUUCCAAAGGGAAAAUGGCACAGUAACCGCUGGUAAUGCAUCAACAUUGAAUGAUGGAGCUGCUGCCAUGGUGCUGAUGACAGCUGAAGCUGCACAGCGACUGAAUAUUAAACCUAUUGCCCGUGUUGUUGGGUAUGCAGAUGGAGAGUGUGACCCAAUUGAUUUCCCAAUUGCACCAGCUGUAGCAAUUCCUAAGCUCUUAGAAAAGACUGGUGUCAAAAAGGAUGAUGUUGCUAUGUGGGAGAUAAAUGAAGCUUUCAGUGUUGUUGCUGUUGCCAACCAAAAACUGUUGGAACUUGACCCUGCCAAGGUCAAUAUUCAUGGAGGAGCUGUCAGUCUAGGACAUCCUAUUGGCAUGUCUGGAGCCAGAAUAGUUGUGCACUUGUGCCAUGCUCUAAAGAAGGGAGAAAAGGGGGUAGCCUCUAUCUGUAACGGUGGUGGUGGUGCUUCAUCUAUCAUGAUUGAGAAAUUAGCACACACUUCAGAUGGACCUCCAGUUUUGACUUUUUAUACUAAAGACCCAUGUGGACUAUGUGAUAUAGUCAUGGAAGAAUUAGAGCCCUAUAAAAAUAGAAUAAUUAUCCAAAAAGUAGAUAUAACUGAAAAAGAAAAUGUAAGGUGGCUGAGAUUGUACAGACAUGAUAUACCUGUAUUAUUUCUGAAUGGCCAGUUCUUAUGCAUGCAUAAGUUGAACAAGCAUUUGUUAGAAAAACGAUUGCAAAUUAUUGAGGAAGAAAGAUCUUGAAUUGCUCGGCGGUAAUGGGCAGUAGGUAAAUAAAUAUAAGUACAUGAAUAUUUAAUGGGCUGUAUAAUAAUACCGGUGAACCAUGAAGGACAAGUAAAAACAAACAGUUUUAUAGCAAACAAAAAUGCUUUAUUAUUACGCACGUAUUGUACACAUGUUAAAGUAAAAUGUAUUUAGGAAUUUAUUGAUUAAACUGUAGUAAAUAGUAGUGAUAAAAUAUUAGCUAUAGAAUGAAGAUCGAAAACAGGUUUGUUUUAAAUUAAAAUAUCGUGACCUUCCUAUUUUCCAUUUGAAA